CUGUUAUUCCUUACACGCGUUUUCGCUCCAUGACUCAUGCAUGUUACUUUCUGAUCGCAACAUAGUUAACCACAGCCAAACACUUUUUUAAUUUGAUUCUCUCUUUUUAUUGAAAUUGAGAGUUUUCAGGUGAAAAUUGUGUUUAAUUUUUUUUAUAAUUGCUAUACAUUUCAUAUCGGCAAAUAUAAUACAAGCCGAAUUGAGUCGAUAACCAAGUUUUACGGCCGGUGAAUUUGGCCGAAUUCCUUCUUAUCCGGUUUCCCAGUUUGUCAAAGAUUGAUAUCUUUAUUAAACAUAUAGUUUUUUAUUUGAAAUCUUAAGCGCUUAACAUAUUUUUUGAAGAAAUCAAGGUUUGUUAUUAUUCUUGUAUAUAAUUCCUCUUUCUGAAAAUCGGGUUGUUUAAUUCUUUCCUUUCUUUGCUUCCUUCGUCUUUACGUUUGUUAUUUGAAUCCAUUAUUUCAUAUUGAUAUUUAAAUUGUUCUUUCUUUUCCCGGAAUUUCUAUUCUUCGGUUGCUUGCAUGUCGGAGCUUUCCACUAAAAGCAGUAGGCUCAAAAACUGGGUCCCUAGUCUCAAGGGAACUCGUUUGAAGCUUUAUAGACUAGCUAGUCGUCUCAAUAUCCCUUUGGCAGAUGCCGCCAAGGUCGAAUUGGAACAGCAUGAUAAUAACAAUUUGGAGUCGUGGACUGCUCUCCAGCGACUUCCUAGAUCACUUUAUUUUAAUCUAGCUUUACCUGAAUCUGAACUCGAUGACACUGGUGAAGCCAAACGUUUUUAUCCAAGGAACAAAAUCCGUACAGCCAAGUACACUCCCCUAAAUUUCUUGCCAAAGAAUAUUUUCUUGCAGUUCCAAAAUGUUGCAAAUCUUUUUUUCUUGUUCCUUGUCAUUCUUCAGUGCAUUAAACUAUUUGGCAAUCAAGUUAACCCUGGUUUGGCUGCAGUACCAUUGAUUGUUGUUGUUGGUAUUACUGCGGUUAAAGAUGCUAUUGAAGAUUUCCGCCGUACAAUGCUGGACAUUAAUUUGAACAAUACACCAACUCUCCGUUUGAGCAAUUACAAUAAUCCAAAUAUCAGGACGGAAUAUGUUAGUUACGUUCGUAGAUUCAAAAAACGUGUAUCUGCUUUGUUUCGUGUAUUUCUCAUGAAGAAGAAUCGAAAGAAAGAACAGAAUACUGCCCCUGAUACAGUUCCUCUUGAAGAUCUUUCAUCCCAGCGUAGGCCAAGUUACGAUUCUAUAUUCCGCGAGUCCAUUGAUAUGGCGGACCCUUUUGAUGAGUCGAAAGGCAAAGAUGAAUACGGUGUUUCAGAUGGAAAAACUACUGUCCAUCAACAGCGAGCAAUGGACGUUAUAGAUUAUCAAGCUGUUGGCUCUGGUCAAUGCCAAUUCAAGAAAGUCUUUUGGAAGGAUAUACGAGUUGGUGAUUUCGUUAAAGUAUCAGAAAAUGAAGAAAUUCCAGCCGAUAUUGUUAUUCUUAAUACUUCCGAUCCGGAAGGCAUUUGUUACAUCGAAACCAAGAACUUGGACGGUGAAACAAACCUGAAAAUUCGACAUGCUUUGACCGCAGGUAAAAAUGUGGUUGAUGAAAUGUCUUGUGAACGAUCUCGUUUUUGGGUUGAAAGCGAACCUCCCAAUGCAAACCUUUAUGAAUACAACGGAGCUUGUAAGUGUUAUGGGCACACCGAAACUGGCAUGCUCGAUGAAUCACAAGUUCACUCAGAACCUGUAAGUUUGGAUAACCUGCUUUUGAGAGGUUGUGCUCUCCGGAAUACAAAGUGGGUUAUUGGUGUAGUCGUCUUUACUGGUGACGACACGAAGAUCAUGUUGAAUUCUGGGGCUCCCCCUUUGAAGCGAAGCCGUAUCACCAGGAAUCUAAAUUGGAACGUUUAUUUGAACUUCAUUAUUCUUUUUGCAAUGUGUCUCGUAUGUGGUAUCGUCGAGGGUAUUGCUUGGCGUGGACACUCACGUUCAUCUUAUUACUUUGAAUGGGGUUCCAUUGGUGGAUCCGCUGCCAAAAAUGGUAUCGUUACUUUCUUUACUGGUGUCGUCUUGUUCCAAAACUUGGUUCCGAUUUCUCUAUAUAUAUCUAUUGAAAUUGUGAAAACAAUUCAGGCAAUUUUCAUAUAUUUCGACAAAGACAUGUACUAUAAAAAGCUCAAAUAUCCAUGUACUCCUAAAUCAUGGAACAUUUCAGAUGACUUGGGACAAGUUGAAUAUAUUUUCUCUGAUAAGACUGGAACACUCACCCAGAACGUUAUGGAGUUUAAGAAGUGUUCUAUUAAUGGUGUUCCUUAUGGAGAAGCGUUUACGGAAGCAAUGGCAGGUAUCGCUCGUCGAGAAGGAAAAGAUUCGGAACAACUUUCAGUGGAAAAGCGGAGCUUCAUUGACCGUGAUAGAAUGCAAAUGAUUGCUCAAAUGAGGAAUACAUCCGACAACAAAUACUUGGUGGAUGAAAACCUUACAUUUGUUUCAUCUCAAUUCGUGCAUGAUUUAAAUGGAAAAGCUGGUGAAGAACAGUCAAUGGCUUGUUAUGAGUUUUUCCUUGCUCUUGCUUUAUGCCAUAGCGUUGUAGCUGAUAGAGUUGGUGACCGUAUUGUCUACAAGGCUCAAUCUCCCGACGAGGCUGCACUCGUUGGUACCGCUCGCGAUGUUGGAUUUGUUUUUCUCGAUCAACGUAGGGAUGUCAUGGUUACCCGUGCCCUUGGAGAAACACAUAGAUUUAAGUUAUUGGAUAGCAUUGAUUUUACAUCUGCCAGAAAAAGAAUGAGUGUUGUUAUUAGAGGUCCAGACAAUCGUUACGUACUCAUUUGUAAAGGUGCAGAUAGCGUUAUUUAUGACAGAUUAGACCCAGGUGAGCAACCAAGUCUUCAAAAAGUUACCGCCGAACAGCUGAAAACCUUUGCUCUUGAAGGUCUCCGAACUUUAUGUAUAGCUAAACGUGAACUUACUGAGGAGGAAUACUUCGAAUGGAAAGAAAAGUAUACUGCUGCUUCUUCUGCCAUUGAGAAUAGAGAAGAAAGAAUUGCUGAAGUUGCCGACUUGAUUGAAUCACGGCUUACCUUGAUUGGUGGCACCGCUAUUGAAGAUCGUUUGCAAGAUGGUGUUCCCGACGCGAUUGCGCUUUUAGGAAGUGCUGGGAUUAAACUUUGGGUGCUAACCGGAGACAAAAUGGAAACCGCGAUUAACAUCGGUUUUUCUUGUAAUCUUUUAGAUGCUAGUAUGGAACUGAUUAAAUUUGAUGUUGACCAAGAAACAUCCACGCCAGAACUUGAGGUAAUCUUAGCAGAUUAUCUUUACCGAUACUUCGGCUUAUCGGGUUCUAAUGAAGAACUAGAAGCAGCAAAGCAGGAUCAUGAUGUACCGGCCGGAUCUCAUGCCUUGAUUAUUGAUGGCGGUGUUUUGAAACGCGUCCUGGAAGGAUCCAUGAGAACUAAAUUUUUAUUACUCUGUAAGCAAUGCAAAGCCGUACUGUGUUGUCGUGUCAGCCCUGCCCAGAAAGCUGAAGUAGUACAUCUUGUUAGAGAUAGCUUGGAUGUAAUGACAUUAGCUAUCGGCGAUGGUGCUAAUGAUGUGGCUAUGAUACAAAAAGCCGAUAUUGGUAUUGGUAUCGUCGGUGAAGAAGGAAGGGCAGCUGCUAUGUCUGCUGACUAUGCAAUAGCACAAUUUAGAUACUUGAGCAAGCUGGUUCUUGUUCAUGGACGUUGGGAUUAUAACCGUAUAGCACAAAUGGUCAACAAUUUCUUCUAUAAAAGUGUCGUUUGGACGUUCACUCUCUUUUGGUUUCAAAUCUAUAACAACUUCGAUGCAAAUUAUUUGUUUGAUUAUACGUACAUUAUGCUUUUUAACCUAAUCUUUUCUUCUUUACCCGUCAUCGUAAUGGGUGUCUACGAUCAAGAUGUUAAUGCGGAGGUAUCAUUAAAGAUACCUCAACUAUACAAGAGGGGUAUUUUACAAUUAAAUUCAGCUCGUAGAAUAUUCAUUGGAUAUAUGAUUGAUGGGUUUUAUCAAUCAGUUAUUUGUUUCUUCUUUUCCUUCCUCGUUAUAAAUAACGUGACAGUAGCAGCUCAAAACGGACGCGAUACCAUGGGAAUGCAGGACCUUGGUGUCUAUGUAGCGGCUCCUACCAUUAUGGUUGUUGAUUCAUAUGUUCUUUUGAAUCAAGCCAACUGGGACGUGUUCUCAGUUGGUAUAUGGGCUUUGAGUUGCAUAACGUUUUGGUUCUGGACUGGCGUUUACUCUCAAAGCUGGUACUCCAUUGAAUUCUAUAAGUCUGCUUCUCGUAUAUUUCGAACUCCCAACUUCUGGGCAGUCCUUUUUGGUACUAUAGCCAGUUGUUUGUUUCCGAAAUUCCUUUUCAUGACAGUUCAGAAACUGUUUUGGCCGUAUGAUACUGAUAUUAUUCGAGAAAGCUAUCGCACUAGGCGCUUACAGAAUUUCGAUGAAGAAGAAGGUGUUGUUGAGAGUCCCGAAGCUUCUACAGACUGGGCUUCUUCUACAUUGCAAGUUCCAUUCAAUAUGUCAACAUCAAGUUUUGCGACAAUGCAAAAGAAGGACAAGGAUCAUGUACGUAUGGAUACGCAUUCCUUGUCGCUCACUCCAAGUAUCCCCAAUACUUUUGGUCGGUCUUACUCCCCAAGCUUCAUGGAUGGUUCACCUGUUUUCACCGAUGAACUGUUGAACCGACCACCUGAGUUUCAUCCUACAAGAGGAUCUGUAUCUUCAUCGGAGCAACCACUCCGACCUAGGUAGAUUGGACCCACAUGUAAGUACGGGAUGUAUUAUUAAGAAUGACAGUGAAAUCACAUUGGCGUAGCCGACGUGUUCAACUGUUGAUAGAACUUGGCUAUUAUGACAUUGAAUUGUUACAUUAAUGAGAAUGAUAUGAGUGUUAAUUUUUCUUAGAGAAAAAGUUGUUUUAUAUUUAUAUAAAAUCU